CAGUAAGCUCGAAUGUCAGAGAGACUGUUCUUUCCAUUUUAAUAACUAAGACAUCUAAGCGAGUCCAGCUUUGGUGAAAGAACUGUUGAGCAGGAGGGAUUGAAUGUGGAUAAUGUGUACGCCAGGGAGAUUCUAACAGAAUUUGAACUCAGUUCUGUUAGAGACCUGAAUCCCUGACCUCUCUUUCCCUCUCCCUCUCUCUUUCUCUAUCACACACACUUUUUCUCUCGAUAUCUGAAGCAGCCAUGCAGAUAGAUCCAGUGCUGGUUGAGUCAUUGGUCGUCUUCUCUGUCGUUCUCUGUGUCCAUGUGGCAGUGUGGAAUCAGCUCUCAUGGUGCUGUGUGGCAUUGGCCAUCCAGGCCUUCUACGUCCAGCACAAAUGGGACCGGCUCAUUCGCACUGGUGCUGCGGUCUUCCAGUUCCGGCCUGCUGCCAACAGCGGAGUUCUGCCUGCCAGUAUGGUCCUGCCCCUCCUGGGCCUUGCGUUGCAUAGUCGCUGCGUGGCCGUUGGCAAUGUACACUUUGAGCGUUUCGCCAUGGUGAUCACAGUGACGGGUAUGAUGUUGGCACUAUUCCUGUCACUGAUUGCACUGGGCAUCACCCGUCCAGUGCCCACUAAUACCUGUGUGGUGGCUGGCAUCGCGGGCAGUGCCAUCCUGUAUUGUACCAAACAGACUCUGACUGUCUCGGAGGUGAUCGAGGUUCUGGAAGUCCUGCUGAUCUUCGUCUAUAUGAGUCUCAUCCUUCUCUACCUCCUGCCGCGCUGCUUCACACCUGGAGAAGCCCUCCUCAUCCUUGGGGGGCUGAGCUUCAUCGUGAACCAGCUGAUCAAGCGAUCUCUGAGUUCAGGUGGAUCUGGAGUCCAGGCAGAGCCACUGCAGUUCUUCCUGCCUGUGGCAGUGGUGGGUUUUGUGCUCCUUGGCAUCUUCUUCACUAUCCUAUUCCUCUUCAUGGAAUCAGAGACAUGGGCAGCAUCUCUGCUAUUUCACACCCUGACAGCAGUGUUGGCACUCGGUGUGUUGUUGCCGUGGCUAUCCUUCCUCACACAGCACCAUCCUGUUGCUUGGCUGCUGCACUUCCUCACUCUUACCAACACCCGCCUCUGGUUGCUAGGAUACUGGACCGCCCUGGUGCUAUUUGCGGUCGCCGUGGUGAUUCAGCAGAACCGCCAACGUUCAGCCGGCAGCAAGAAGUACCAGGCGUCAACAACAGUGCGAAAGUACUUCCACCUGCUCGCAGUGUUUACCUUUGCCCCCGGGCUGGCAUUGGAUCGUCCUUUGCUCCAUCUGGCUGCCGUCGUGUGCCUGGCAGCAUUCCUGUUCCUGGAGCUAGUGCGUUUUUUCCGGAUUCGACCAUUAGGAACGGUCCUUAGACAGCUCCUCACACUGUUCUUGGACGAGAGAGAUUCUGGGCCACUCAUCCUUACACAUAUCUACCUGCUUUUGGGCCUUUCAUUGCCCAUUUGGCUGUCUCCAGGACCCUGUAUUCCAAAAGGUGGACUAAAGGGGGCAGCUGGGUUAGUACCCUAUGCAGGGGUGUUGGCUGUUGGUGUUGGGGAUACGGUAGCCUCCAUUUUUGGGAGCUCGGUGGGUGAGAUUCGCUGGCCGGGUACCAAGAAGACACUGGAAGGUACGGCAACCUCUGUGUUUGCGCAGAUUAUCGGCGUGGCAUUGUUCCUGAUUGCUGACGGCAACAUCAACCUUAAUGCCAGCUAUUCGUGGAUUGUGGGAUCAAUUACCAUUGUGGCCAUGUUGGAGGCGUACACCUCGCAAAUAGACAACCUGCUGCUGCCUCUAUACCUGUACAUUCUGUUUUUGCUCUGACAGAACACAUGCCAAUACUAGUAUCAGCGCACACACACACUCACUGUGAACUCUUCAGACCUGUGAAAGUUAAGUGUGUGUGUUCAGAUGACGUGUGACUUGAGAUUAACUGGCUGAAUUACAGGCCAGCCUGUUUUGUUUGUUUGUUUUGUGUUCCAGAAAACACAGAUAGAAGCCCCCUCUAAAUAGUUACAGACUUUAAAUUAUCAAAUAGAAAAAAAAAGUGAG